CUUGCAGUUUGCUAAGUUUGCUUUAUCUUUACCAAUCUGUGGACUCCAAAUAUUUCUCAGUAAUUUAAUAUUUUAUUUUCCCUUUUCAUCUUCUUAAUAUACUCAUUAUCAUUAUAAGUUUAAUCAUUCAAGUUCCGUGUAUCGCUAAGUCGCGUUGCGUCUAACCAGCCCAAGCAUACCCUGUGAAUAGCUUUGCUUGUGAAGUCGGAUCUUUUCCAAACCGUCUCUAAAUUUUCUGUUUUCACGUGCUAGAUACUUGAUCCCAGUCAACGUCGAGAACGUAAAAUUCAGAUUCCUUCAACUUUCGUCCAUUUAAAGAUGCCUGAAACCCCUCAUGGCAAUGGAGAGGAAACUAAAUCUGUAAACACCAGUGCCAUUGAGUUCAAAGAUUUGUCGAAGUUCGUCUUCAAGCGGAUUCUGAACGUCAAUUCCAAAACGAAGUUCAUAUGUGCUGAAGGCUCUCUUCAAGACCAAGAAGGUAGUGCUGUACUUGUGCUUGAGAAGAAAGCUCUCGAUGAGCAAGACUUGCAAGCACUUUGCACUAAGAGCUCAGAGCUGCAGAAAUUGUUCAUCAAUGACAUUUUCCACAAGUACAACUGCUAUCCUGACCCUCAUUUAAAUGGUCUGAAUGCUACAAUCAUCUACCCUGCCACUGAAAAACUAAUUCAGAAGUAUGCAUCUCAAGUUAUCCAUAUUGUCGAAGAGACUCCUGCAUUGUAUGAUUCCUUGACGCUACCACACAUUUUAAAAACUCAGAAUAGUCUGGAGUGGGUCUACAAUAUUUUAGAUCACAAAUCCGAGCAAGAAAGGAUCGUAUUUGAAGAUGAUGAUGAAAAAACUGGGUUUGUCUUACUACCAGACCUGAAGUGGGACGGAGUCAGUGUUGAAACUUUGUACUUAUUGGCCAUCAUUCGACGAAGAGACAUCAAAUCUCUCCGAGAUCUGACGGGUGAACAUUUACCGUUGUUGAAGAACAUUUAUCAGAAAGGAAUCAAAACGAUUCAAGACAAGUAUAAAUUGCCGAAAAGCCGUCUCAGGAUCUAUUUCCAUUAUCAACCAUCUUUCUAUCAUUUGCACAUCCACUUUACAAGUAUCCAGUUUGAAGCGCCAGGCACAUCCGUUGAAAGAGGACAUCUUUUGAGUUCCGUUAUCACUAACUUGGAAGCAUACCCCUUUUAUUACCGGGAUGCAACUCUGUGUUUCACUCUCCCAGAAAUAGACCCACUUUUUGCACAAUAUAAAGCCGAGGGAAUCACUGAUAAGGCAGAGAUAUGAAGCCCAAAGUCUUCAUCGAGAUUUUGCCCAGACUGGAAACCUGCUAUGUUUUUAUCAAAUCCGAGAAGAAGAUGAAACACCUCUCUUUGAAGGACACUACAAUCCAUCUGAUUUACGUGGAUGAAACUGAAGAUACAAUCCAAGUGGAUUUUGUGAUACUUAAACCUGAUACGAUAUCCUCGCUAGAAGUCUAUGACUCGGUCAUCAACUUCCGCGUUCAAUUGGAUAAAAUUAUCUCUAGUAAAUUCUCUACCUCUCUCGCAGGCCUGUCUGACAAUUUUAAGUUUAAGCCAUUUUUCAAGGAAAACUAUCCAAUUUCGAUCAAGUGCAGAUGCUGUGACCAUGAAAUUUUUCCAACUUUAAGCUUCAGGAGAGUACUGCCUUUGCCAUCCGGUGUGCUGGACAAGAGUGAAUUUUUUUGUCAUGAUCAUUCUGAUAGUGUAACUAAAGCAAGUUUAAGCCCCGGUGCUGAGGAUUGUUUUUACGGGAAUUUUUACAUACUCCUGCAGCCAACCAAUGCCAACAUCUUGAAUAUUCUUCAUUGUGAAAGAUGUCUCUCCUGGCUCGGAACUUUCAGUAAUAAAAUUCUCAAGCUCUGGGACUGUUCCACUGUUUUGUCAGAUGAAAAGCAAUUUGAAACCCUUGAAAUUGCGUAUAGACAAUUUCGCCAAACGAUCAGCCAUGUAGCCUCAACUUCUUUCUUUGGGUCUAUAAAAAUUGUCGUUGAGUCGCGGGUCGAGGAAAAUGAAACAAAUUACUUGUUACUUUGGAUCGUUGAUAAUGAUUUAGCUUGCUUUGUAAAUGCUGAAAUUGAUGAUGGCAAGCCAGUAUCACUAAUGCAAAAAUGUGUGUCAAAAGUACUGUACCUAUUUCAAGGACAGAAAACCACAAUGGUUGAAAGUUGGAUGAAAAAUAUUAACGUCACAACAAUCGAUGUAGCAAAGCAAAUGUUACUGUCGGCAUUGAGUAACUUGAAUGCUAUAAACAAAAUGUUACCUCCACAAAGUCGUCAAACGAACAACAUGUACUUGUCUUAUUUAGAUCCUAUUCUGUGAUAAGUCCCUUUUUUAUUUUAAAUAAACUAUCUCUCAUUUUUCACAA